CUUGCACAGCUGAGUUUGCAAGAGUUAGACACACACACACACACACACACUGUCCCAGCCAUGGACAAUCCGGACCCACGUAUCUGUCCUGACAUGACGGAGCUCCAGCAUUCUCAGGAUUUUUAAUCUGCGCUCUGUCUGGAUUUGGAAUAUUUAUUUAUUGCCCCGAGCGUUAUUUAUUCGAGGAGGACGACAUGCAAACGCGAGCCCAGUCCCGCAGCUGUGACAAUUACCUGAGCAUAAAGGACUCAGAGUCAUUAGACAGCUGCAUCCAGAGCACUCUGUCAUCAGUUUACGCUCCGUUUGGAGCGACGGCGUCCACGGUGCUGCUUCAGCUCUUCAGCGUGGUGGAGCGUCAGUACGGCGGAGACGGCCUGCGCUGCCUCAUCGACUUCCUCCUGCCUGCCAAGAGGAUCUUACACACCAUCCAGAAAGAGAGCUGUCUGCGAUUUAAAGGCCUGCUGCUGUACCACGAGGGCUGGCCCCUGUGCAUCCAGAAGGUUGUCCUGCAGCUCGCUCCUUUGCACAAAGUGCGCUUGAGGCAGGGCGACUUCUACCUGCAGCUGGUACCUUUGGGCCGCAAGGCUGCCAAGCUAGUGAUAAAAUGCCUGGCUCGGAGCGGGCGCGCCCUGGCCGAGAUCACCGUGCCUGAGGGAAUGUACCCCCGGGUCUUCACCGCAGACUUCCUGCAGGAUGUGACGUGCGAACGCAACCUGCAACCCCUUCAGAACUGCCUGCUGAGCACCGGCGCCGCCGUGUACCGAACCCCCUGGAGGAACGUGGUAAACCCUGUGUGUGUCAGAAACGCCAACGAGGGCAUCAUGCAGCCGGGGGCGUUGAGCAUCGGCCACCUCGGCACCUGCAGCACCCACGGAUCAACAGGGACGUUGGACAGCCGGAGGAGCUCCAGAGACUCAUUGGUCUCUCAGGGAGCCGAUUCCACUGCGUCCGAACCGCUCAUGAGCCGCAGAACCAGCGAAAGUGACACCUACUCAAACGCAGGCACGUUGCCCAUCGAAGAAAAAGCCCUCAGCCCCGGCACAGACUCAGUGGGUGGGAACAGAAGAGCAGGAAAUGCUAAGUGUCUCUCCUUCAGCACGGACCUCAGCACGCCCAGACGCCGCCAAUCUAGAGACUCGACAGCCUUCGAGACGCGCCGUCUGUUUCGCAAGUCGUACAUGGAAGCUCUGCAGAACCCUAUGAACCUCGGCUCGAGCUCAGAGUCGGUUCCUGAGGACAGCAGCGAGUCGGCGGUCAGGGUCGAGUCCAGGCCGAGAUGUGACUCGGACACACGCUCAGCGAUGCGAGGAUCCCUGCAGCGCCGCCUCUCGCCCCUCCUCCCGCUGCAGCGUAGCAUCAGGUCCGAGAGGCGCUCCAAGUCUCUGGAACGUUCUGGAAAAGGUGUGCUCAAAGGCCACCGGAUACGCUCGUCCUCGGGCGAAGGAUCUCCUAAGAAGCUGAUGAACGGCUGCGCCAUACGAUUCGGCCGACUCGACCUUGAGAUGGCGUUUUACAGCACCGAGAGACGAGGCAGUAAAGGAGACUCAGGUCUUCCCAUCUCCACCUCUAUCUCUGAGUCCAGGAGGAGCAGCAGUGCUGGCGAUGAGUCUCCUAAAGUCUCGUCUAGCAGCUCAUCCAUCUCAGCUUCUCCUUCUGUAGCUCCUCCAUCUCCUAUAGCUUCUUUUCCCCCUGCAGCGCCCCCCACAGGCUGUUCUGCUCCACCGCCCUUACUACUCACACACCUCAACACGGAGCUGCUCACCUCUGGAGCCGUCUCCCUGCCUGGUAAUCGAGACCGCAGUGGGCGUUCAGUUCUCCAGGUGUGUAUGAAGAACCGAGUGUGGACAGACGAGUGUUUCACCUACAGAGAUCUCACCUGCCUGCUGGGGUACUAUUGCUCCACACUCCGGAAGGAGAGGAGAGAUCUGGGUCUGACCGUGCUGGUGGACUCAAGGAGACAACAGACCAAUCCUGUGCUCUUCUCAGCUCUGACUCAGCUUCAGGUUUCUGUCCCGAACGCACUUUACUCGGUUUUAUUGCUCACGGACAAAGAAGCAGCCUUCAAGCUCGAGAGAGAUUUCUCCAUUCCAUGUGAAGUGUUAACUUCUCUGAAAGCCCUACUGAAGCACAUUGACUCGUCUCAGCUCACACGAGAGCUGGAAGGCACUUUCCCCUACGACCAUCACCACUACAUACAGUUCAGACAUAAAAUGGAGCAGUUUUGCAGCAGCUGUAACACCGCCAUCUCGUCCCUGCGGAAGUCCAUUGACGUCCUGAACAGCAGCAGCAGCAGCCUGGACACAGUGAAGGACGUGUCAGAGGUGAUCAGCCAGCAAAGGAACCUGAUGCAGUGUGUGUUUGAGGACUCAGAGCUGAGCUACCUCAGACUGGAAGGAGGAACGUUUCUUGCACGUGUCAGAAAGGAGGAGACGAGUGAAACUGAGAACUGCAGGGACGCCGUGGACUCGGCCUGCACGCUUUACAACCAGAUGGACGAGGAGGUUCACAAACUCGUCAUCUUGUCCAACAAAUCCCUCCAUGAACUGGAGAACCUUCUGGAGUUGCGCACCUUUCAGGAGGAGACUGAGAGGAUUAAGCGCUGGUUCAGUGUGGAGGCUGAGAAGCACCUGGCUCCUCUGGACUCUCUCAGUUUCACCCACAGCUCCCUGCAGGAAAUGAGGCAGAGCUUGGAGCAGUUCACUGAGGAGGCAGCACUCCAGCAGAAGCAGGCCCACAGACCAGUGUCCAGCACCACUUUACUGGAGCUCAAGCAGCACAUGAGCUCAGUUCUCCAGCAAGCACACACCCGCAGGAACGAGCUGGACAUCCUGAUCAAUCUUUAUGAGUUCUACGACUCGGCUCAGCAGUGGAUGGCGCACUGUGAGGACUAUUUCGGGCGUCUAAAUUUGGAAGAGAACAUGAUGAGCUUAUCUCCUGAAGUUCUCCAGACGUUGCAGGACUACCACAACGAGGCCACCAAGUUUUCUCUGGAGAACUUCAGCUCUCUUAACGACACAGUGGCCACGUUGGGCAGCCCUCGCCAGCUUCAUCACUGGAACCACGUCUGGAUGAAGUGCCAAGAGACCCGGAAACAUCUAGAGGAGGUGUUAGAGAGAGCGGCGAUGCCAGAGGAACCCGUUUCCGACUCACCUCUAACCCCUUCCAGACCCGGGGGAAUACCUGCACUAGGGGUGGAUUGCAGAGCAGAGAGCAGAAGUUCUCUCCCCGAGAUCAAACACACUUUUGAAUUCGAGGAUGUGAAACCUUACUCAGCAGGUCCAUUCUCAAAAAACGACUCUCUUUUCCGGUCUUUUAUCUUCCCUCCCGAGAGAGACCAACUGUUGCUGGACGACACGGACAGCGACUGCACCAUCGACUCGUGUCACUCGGAGCCCGGGGCGAGGCACCGCAGGCCUCCUCUGAAGAAGAUGAUGAAGAAGAUGGUGAGCUCUGAGCUCUCGGCCCACCAAGGCUACCUGGGAGUCUACAUCAAAGGCUUGGAGCUCACCAACAACACGUGUGUGGAGAAGCUGCCGAGGCCACACACGAAGAGUCCGGUGCUGGCACGGAGCAGGAGCCUCCCAUCACCCUCGCUAAGUCGAAGGCCAGGAGACACCGAGAACAAGAGACAGAGCAGUAAAAUCCAGCACAUCAUGGACGAGAUGAUCUCCACCGAGAGAGAGUACGUACGUUCCCUCACCUACAUCAUGGAACACUACUUUCCAGAGAUGGAGAGGCCCGACCUGCCACAGGACCUCAGAGGAAAGCGCAGCAUCAUCUUUGGGAACCUGGAGAAACUGUGCGACUUCCACAGCCAGUACUUCCUGAAGGAUCUGGAGCAAUGUGCACAUUCUCCACUUUCAGUCAGCACCUGCUUCCUGAGACACGAGGACCAGUUUGGAAUGUAUGCUCUCUACAGUAAAAACAAACCGCGCUCCGAUGCCCUGCUCAGCAGCCAUGGAAACGCUUUCUUCAAGAAUAAGCAGGUGGAGCUGGAGGACAAAAUGGACUUAGCAUCUUACCUCCUGAAGCCCAUUCAGAGGAUGAGUAAAUACGCUCUGCUGCUGAAGGACCUGAUAAAAGAGUGCAGCCAAACUCAGGAGCAGGAACUGGCCGACCUCAGGACCGCAGAGGAGAUGGUCAAGUUCCAGCUGCGCCAUGGCAACGACCUGCUCGCCAUGGACGCCAUCAGAGGAUGCGACGUAAACCUGAAGGAACAGGGCCAGCUGAGGUGUCAGGACGAGUUCAUCGUGUGGUGCGGACGCAGGAAGUACCUCCGACACGUCUUCCUGUUCGAGGACCUCAUCCUGUUCAGCAAAACCAAAAAGAUCGAAGGCGGAUACGACAUCUACAUCUACAAGCAGUCGUAUAAGAACGCAGAGAUCGGGAUGACGGAGAACGUGGGUGACAGCGGCCUCCGCUUCGAGAUCUGGUUCCGACGCAGGAAGUCCCAGGACACGUUUAUCCUGCAGGCCAGCUCGGCCGAAAGCAAGGCGGCCUGGACCUCCAUCAUCGGCAAGAUCCUGUGGAGACAAGCGCUCAGAAACAGAGAGUUACGGAUGCAGGAGAUGGUCUCUAUGGGAAUCGGCAACAAGCCGUUCAUGGACAUCAAACCGAGCGAUGCAGCCAUCAGUGACCGAGCUGUAGAUUACAUCAUGAAAGGCACAGAGUCUCGCAGUCGUUCCUCCGUCCCCGUCUGCUCGUACGAUAACUCCAGCCCGGUCAAGAGACCGCACUCCACCAUCUCCAACAGCAGCUCCUCAUCGUCCAGCAGCCACUCCUCGUCCUCCUUUAUGAGCUCUCUCAACCUGCCCCUCUUUAGCUCCGCCCCCCACUCACCUCUGGCCCACUGGCACUACGACUGCAUCGAGGAGGACGAGCUGGAGCACGACGCCGCACAGCCCUCCAUGGUCACAGAAGGUUCUGAGUCGUCCUCUCACAGCACCUCGAGUGAUGGAGUGAACAACGUGGCCACUCUGUCCAUCCCUCGUCACUCGUCCCUCAUCACGGACUCCUUCGGCAGCGAGUCAUCCUUCCUCUGUUCCUCCUCCGUCUCAUCAUCUUCCUCACAUCACUUCCACAAGGAGCACAAUGACACCAACAGCUUUAUCACAGCGCUGUGAUAUCACUUCUACACUGCGGUCUGAUGCGAGGAAUAACGGGAACGAGGUGACAUUCAGGGGUUAAACACUGAACUCUGAUAUAUACACACAUUAUUUGAUAUGAUUUGUAUUUUUAUCUCCUCCCCUAAACCGCAUCACCCUGCUGGUACGUUCCAGACUCCACACUCACCACAUCCAUGAUCUCAACUUCCUUCUUUGUCUUCAAAAAAAAAAGCACAAUUAUUAUUUUUUUAUGUAUGUAAGCGUCUUUUGUACAGAAUUGUCUCCUCGUUAGCGCCCGUAUUAUUUUAUAGAGCCGGCACUGCUAAUAAAAUAAUUUCUCAAGCG